GCGGUGCUGGAGGCGGAGCUGGGCCGGGGCUGGCGGGAGCAGCUCCAGGAGUUCCAGGAGGAGCCGGUGGCCGCCGCCUCCCUGGGCCAGGUGCACCGGGCGCGGCUCCGCGGCGGCGCCGACGUCGCCAUCAAGGUCCAGUACCCGGGCGUCGCCCGCAGCAUCGGCAGCGACGUCGAAAAUCUCCUGGCGCUGCUGAGCCUCAGCCCCGGCCUGCCCAAAGGGCUCUUCGCGGCGCCGGCGCUGCGCGCGCUGCGGCGGGAGCUGGAGCUCGAGUGCGACUACCGCCGGGAGGCGGAAAAUGCCCGCCAAUUCCGCUCCCUGCUGAGCUCCGACCCGUUUUUCCGCGUGCCGGGGGUGGUGGCCGAGCUGAGCUCGCGGCGCGUGCUCUGCACCGAGUGGGGGAGGGGCGAGCCCCUGGAGCGCUGCCGGAGCCUCCCCCAGGAGCGGCGGGACCAGAUCUGCACGGAGCUGCUGCGGCUCUGCCUGCGGGAGCUCUUCCAGUUCCGCUUCAUGCAGACCGACCCCAACUGGGCCAACUUCCUCUACGAGCCCCAGAGCCACACGGUGACGCUGUUGGAUUUCGGGGCGUGCCGGAGCUUCCCCCGGGAAUUCACCGACCUCUACAUCGAGGUGAUUCGAGCAGCGGCUGAGAAGGACCAGGAGAAAAUCCUGAGCAAAUCCCGGGAGCUGAAAUUCCUGACGGGCUUCGAGUCCCCGGCCAUGGAAUCCCUGCACGUCCAGGCCGUGCUGCUGCUGGGGGAGCCUUUUUGGGGUUCCCAGCCCUUCGAUUUCGGGGUUCAGGCCACGGCGCGGGGGGUUCGGGCUCUGCUGCCGCCGAUGCUCCGCGGCCGCCUGGGGCCGCCCCCCGAGCCCAGCUACGCGCUGCACCGCAAGCUGGGCGGGCUCUUCCUGGCCUGCGCCCACCUGCGAGGCCGCGUGCCCUGCAGGGAGCUCUUCAUGGAGCUCUACGGAUCCUACUGGCACCCCAAAAAUCCGCCCGGCCCGCGGGGGGCACCCCCAAAUCCGGGGGAACCCCAAAAUCCCCGCGGGUCCCAGCAGGGAGGGGGUGAGAGUCAAUAAAGGGGGUUUGAGCCCCAAAAAGG